AGAGAUUCUGAUCAAACAUGGCUAUCACCAGGGCUUCGCUCCUUGCCAUCCUUGGCUGCCUCUGCUUCUGCAAUUCUGUCCUCGGAGCUCGCGAGCUGAACGAUGACUUGUCAAUGGUGGCAAGGCAUGAGGGUUGGAUGGCGGAGUACGGUCGCAUGUACAAGGACGCUACUGAGAAGGCGCAGAGGUUUGAGAUAUUCAAGGCUAAUGCCAGGUUCAUCGAAUCGUUCAACGCCGGGAACCGCAAGUUCUGGCUCAGCAUCAACCAGUUCGCUGAUAUCAGCAAUGAUGAGUUCAGGGCAACCAAGACAAACAAGGGGUUCAUUCCCAACAAGGUGAAGGUUCAUACAGAAUUCAGGUAUGAGAAUAAGAGCUUUGAUUCACUCCCCGUGACGGUGGACUGGAGGACAAAGGGUGCGGUCACUCCCAUCAAGGAUCAAGGCCAGUGUGGUUGUUGUUGGGCUUUUUCUGCUGUUGCUGCGACAGAGGGCAUUGUCAAGAUAAGUACCGGCAAUCUGGUCUCGCUCUCGGAGCAAGAAUUGGUGGAUUGUGAUGUCCAUGGCGAGGACCAAGGCUGUGAGGGUGGUCUCAUGGACGACGCAUUCAAGUUCAUUAUCAAGAAUGGAGGCCUCACCAAAGAGUCUAGUUAUCAAUAUGCCGGUGCAGAUGGCAAAUGCAAGAGUGGAUCUGACAAUGUUGCAACGAUUAAGAGCUAUGAGGAUGUGCCUGCCAAUGAUGAGGGUGCUCUCAUGAAGGCAGUGGCAAGCCAACCUGUGUCAGUUGCGGUGGACGGAGGUGAUAUGACAUUCCAAUUCUACUCUGGUGGCGUGAUGACCGGCUCUUGUGGUACCGAUUUGGAUCAUGGGAUUGCAGCCAUCGGUUAUGGAACGACCAGUGAUGGUACAAAGUAUUGGUUGAUGAAAAAUUCCUGGGGCACAACUUGGGGCGAGAAUGGAUAUUUAAGAAUGGAGAAAGACAUCAGCGACAAGAAGGGCAUGUGUGGCCUUGCCAUGGAGCCUUCAUACCCCACGGCGUAG